UUGCGCGCGGCACUGCCGUGGUAUAAAAGUGUGACGUGCAUCUUCCACAGGAAACCAGAGAGGAUGAGGUCCCUUCUUGUCCAAACACUUCUCGUUUCUCUCUUCGAAAUCCUGAUCUGCACUCCGGCCUCCCCUCCACCCAGCGAGGCCACGCUGAGAAAGCUGUCCAAGGAAGGGGAGCGCUGCGUGGACGAGGAAAUAAAGAGGGCUUUGUUUGGGGUGAAGCAGAUGAAGGAGCUGAUGGAGAAGAGGAGGGAGAAGCACGCGCGCCUUAUGGACGGCCUGAGAUACAGCAGUGACAAAAAGAAGGGGGCGCUGCAGCUGGCCAGGGAGGCUGAGCAGAAGCUGGAGGUGGCAGAGCAGCAAUGUCGAGACGCUCUCAAGACCUCAUUCGAGGGGUGUCGACCGUGUCUGGAAGACGCCUGCAAGACUUUCUACACCUCCACCUGUCGUCGCGGGUUCUCCUCCUUCUCCGUCAAGGUGGAUGAGUUUUUCAGGACGAUGUCCUCCCAGUUGGAAACUCCAGACCAGGUUUACAAUCAAAAUGAGGGGAAUCCAGAUCACAGCAACUCAGUGGAGGACCAGAGGUCGGUGGGGGACACAGAAGAUCUGGAGGUCCUGGACGCAGAGUCCUCCUUCAGCCAGCUGCAAUGCAAUGUCAGCCUCCUGUAUAACUGCAGCGUGGAUUUGGUGAGGAGGAUGCAGGAGGUGUUCGGGCACGCCUUCCUCACAGCCUUCACAACAGAGCUGAAGCCAAAGUCUCUGGCCCCCAUGCAGGAAGCCCCCGGCGUGGGUUUCUUCAGGGCCGUGGGUCUGGACCACGUCCUUGACUCUGUGUAUGAGUUUGGGAAGACGGUCCUGGAGGAGGUCAGCUCCACGGUGGCAGGCGUCUUCGAGGAGAUGCAAGAAGGCGAGGAGGAUUCUCAGCAGUCAAACGACAGAGGAUCCCUUCCUAAUUCGGGCCAAUCACAGAGCAGGCAUCUGUGCAGACAACUGCGCAGACAAGCGUCUGAGUGCUGGCAGCUACAGAGACACUGUGAGACAUGUGAGGACGACCUGUUAAAAGAGUGCCCCACUAUGAGAGAGCUCCACUCUGAAUUGGCGGAGAUCCACCUGCUCCUCAACGCCUCCCUUCAGCGGUACCAGGACAGGCUGCACCUAGUGCAGAACCACACGGCUGACACCCAAAGCUGGCUGCAGGUCAUGGCUGACAAGUACGACUGGGUCAGCCGACUGUCCAACAGCACACUGGGGCCCCGUGGCGUUUUCAACGUGACUGAGGUGACUCCCUUGCAACAGGAAAGGGAUAACAGAGCUAAAGUUGACACCAAUGUGGUUGUGAACAUACUGGAUUCUCCUCACCUAUCCCUCUCGGUCCCGGCCGAGCUGGCUUUGGAUGACCCGGCCUUCAUCCAAUAUGUCACUCAGGAGGCUUUGGCACUUCAUAAACAGCGGAUAAGAGGAAUGAAGUAAUGUGAUUCAGCUGCAACUGCCCGUUUUUCAGAACAACCAAAUGUAGGCUGACCCAUUUGUCUGACUUCAGGGAAAAUUCACUCUGUCAGAUCUCCACAGCCUACACUCUCGCUGCUUAUAUCUACUACUACUACUUUCAGCUGCUCCCGUUAGGGGUCGCCACAGCGGAUCAUCUGUUUCCAUCGCUUCCUGUCUUCUGCAUCUUCCUCUGUCACACCAGCCACCUGCAUGUCCUCCCUCACCACAUCCACAAACCGCCUCGUUGGCCUUCCUCUUUUCCUCUUGCCUGGCAGCUCCAUAUUCAGCAUCCUUCUCCCAAUAUACCCAGCAUCUCUCCUCCACACAUGUCCAACCAGAUCAAACUUGUCUCUCUUGCUUUGUCUCCAAACUGUCCAACCUGAGCUGUCCCUUUAAUAUACUCAUUCCUAACCCUGUCCUUCUUCGUUACUACCAACGAAAAUCUUACAAUCUUCAACUCUGCCACCUCCAGCUCCACCUCCUGUCUUUUCAUCAGUGCCACCGUCUCCAAACCAUACAACAUAGCUGGUCUUACUACCAUCUUGGAAACCUUCUCACUGCUUUUAUAUGGAACCAAUAUUAUGCUCCAAAUAUUUCUCUCCAUCUUCCGGUGUCAAUAAAAGAGGUU